UUCGAUUACUCUUGUUCUUUCGACAAUCGCGAUCUAUGUAAUUAUCUAUGUGUACGUCUUUGCUGUUAUAAGUAAAUGGUUUUAUUACUUCUAAAUAGCAACCAUGGUAGCAAGUAUUGGUGAAGAUGUGGCGAUUCAAGAUGCGACAGGUAUGCAUGGUAUAAAAAUGCGCGAAGGGCCAGCCACGCACGUACUAGCGCUUGCGGCGCGAGGCGUGAAGGUCAAACUUGUCUGACGGUCACGACUGGAGAAAAUAAUGUUGGAAAUUGAAAUGAAAAAAAUCAAGACGUAACAAUGACUUGGAAGAAAAUAUCGUUACUUUUGUGCGUGUUUGGAUUUUUGAAGGAAUUCAGACCGUCGGAACCGUUUGUCACUGAAUAUUUAACCGGACCAUGGAAAAAUUUCACCGAAACGCAGUAAUGAGUUUUUUCCAGGUUACCCAAGAAAUAUAUCCAGUUGGUACAUAUUCCUACAUGGCAACAUUGGUUGCUGUAUUUUUGGUAACAGAUUUGGUCCGCUACAAACCUGUCAUCAUACUAUGUGGCCUUACUGGAACCUGUACAUACAUCACACUAAUUUUAGCCCAAACUAUAUGGGAAAUGGAAAUUGUUGAAUUCUUGAUUGGCCUUUUCCUUGCAUCAGAGGUGGCGUAUUUCACAUACAUAUAUGCAAAGGUCAGUAAGCUGCACUAUCAAGAAGUUACCAGUUACACAAGAACAGCAAUUUUGCUAGGAAGAUUUACUGCAAGUGUGGCAUCACAGUUAACUGUAUCUCUUAAUAUCCUGAAUUACCAUCAGCUCAAUUACCUCACGUUAUCAGCACUGAUACUAGCAACAGUAUGGGCAUUAUUUUUGCCAUCUGUGAGUCAAUCUAUUUAUUUUCAUCGGCCGAUGGAUUCUGUUUCCAAUGAAUCCUCAGCCUUUGAUAAUGAAGUUUCGAGAGUUCGACUUGCUGAAGGCAACGAUCAGCGGUCUCAUUCUUCCCAAAAUCUGCAAUCUGAGCCCCUUAAAAAAAAUUCCAGUCUAACCACGAAAGUUAAAAAUGCAUAUUAUUUGCUUUGGAAUGAUUUCUUAUCAGCAUAUUCAAAUUUUUAUGUACUUAAAUGGUCCAUAUGGUGGUCAUUUGCUACAUGCGGUUACACUCAAGUAAUCAACUAUGUGCAGUUGCUGUGGCAAGAUUCAUUGGAAGGAGAAGAUAGUGCCUAUAAUGCUGGUGUUGAGGCAGUUUAUACAAUCUUGGGUGCACUAACGGCAUUUAGUGUGGGAAAGUUGAGGCUAAACUGGCCUGUAAUAGGAGAGGCAACAUUAUCGAUAUUUGCAUUAUUGCAAGGUUCUUCAUUAGUCGUUGCAUCUCAAACAUAUAAUAUAUGGCUUUCAUACACUAUAUACGUUAUUUUUGGACUAUUGUACCAGGCAAUGAUCACUAUCGCAAGCUCGGAAGUUGCUAAAAAUUUGUCAGAGGACAGCUAUGGGUUAAUAUUUGGAAUAAAUACGUUGAUAGCAUUGCUAUUGCAAAGCCUGCUCACAUUCAUUGUCACUGGCAAGAAUGUUUUUGCGUUACCCAUUAGGGUACAGUAUCUCGUCUAUGGUGGUUUUUUUAUUACUCUGGGAGCAGUAUUUUUAAUGAUAGCAGUAUUUACAACAGUUGUGCGGUGUAAAAGUGGCAAACGUCUUUACAUAUGGCAACCUAGUGAGAUUAGUAAUUCUUCCCAAUAGCAUAUCGUAGUGAUAAUAGAUAUUAUGACACAAUGGUACAAAUUAUCAUUCAUCCAUGAAUUGUAAUUAAUAUACAUAUAUGCCAAUUACGAGCAAGUGCACAAGCGGAAAAUCGACACCGAUAUAUGUGUUGGCGUGGUUCCUUGUAUAUAUGCAAAUCAAUUUUACCAAAACUUGAGGUGCUACUUGAUUUACUUUAUUUAUUGACUA